CCCUCCAAUCAAACCCGCCGCAGCCGCAAGCUUCCAUCGAGGUCAGGAAGAAGGAUGAUUAUGUAUAGCUCCGUUGAUCGACUUCGUGCAGCCGUCGCCGCCUACUCCGUGCAGCCGCCGCCGCUGCCAACUUCGUGCAUCCGACGACGAUGCCUCUGUGCAGCCCACAAUGAUGACUCCGUGCAGUCGACGACGACCCCGUGCAGCCGACAGCGCCGUUGUCUUUCUCUCCGGGUCGACGACUGUUUGUUUCUCGGAUGGUGAAUCGGCGAGGGGUUCGAUGGCUCUGUAUCAUUUCCCGCGACGGCGACUGUUUGUUUCUCUGUAUGGUGAAGACGGCGCACCCGCAAGGUUGAUUUCACCUCCUCCGGAUUCUGAGUCGGCUAUUGGCGAGAUUUGAUGCAUUGGUAGUGAUAUAUUGUUUUGGUAGUUAUCUUCUCACAUGUAUAGCUUGGCGUGGAAUGGUAGUGUUCAUUGGUAUGUUUGCAAUGGUAGUGUUCCAGUUUUAUGCAAUGGUAGUGUUCAUUGGACUUUUUGUGUGUUCAUUGGUAUGUUUGCAAUGACUGAAAUGCAUACCAAACUAAUCAGACACAACAAUACGUUGCACAAUAAGGCAAAAUCAAUACCAUUUCAAUAACGAUAAUUACAAUACCAAUACCAAUCCAAUUCAUACCACCAGAAUCAAUCCAAUAUUAAAUUUGUACCAAUACAAUCUGUACAGAUUUAAGACAACUACCAAUGCAGAUCUACCAAUGCAGCCAUACAAAGUGAUUAACACUACCAAUCCAAACCUCACAAACGCUUACGAUGGUUUAAUUGCUCUAAUAAUUACUUUUCAUAAUUAUCAAUUACUUUUCAUAAUUAUCUCUCCCUUAUUAUCACGUAAUUAAUAUGAUAAUUAUGAUUAUAAUAAAAUUAAAAUAUCAUUUCUAUCCUUAGUAACCACGGUGAUUACUAAUACCAAGUAAUCACAUACCCCCCAAUUAUACCAAUUAAAAUUCAAAGUUCGACACCUUAAGACUAAUUUUAGAAUUGGGUACAUUGAACGCACUCAUUUUUGUAAGUGUACCAUAUAUAUUUCCGAGUCAUACUUUUAAUUUUGGUUUAAAUCAUGCAUCAUAAAAAAAAAGUCUUAUUAUAAUAGAAAUAUUAAGUCGUUUUAAUAACGGGGGGAGGGGGGAUAUUACGUCGUUUCGUUUUCCUAUGCGGAAGCGGGAAAAUCUCCCUUGUGCUAGGCUUCUAGAAAGUACUAAUCCUUUUCCGUUCUGCACUCUUGCAGCCUUCCCGUUUCCUUUCCCGAUGCGGCCAAUGAAAAAAACCCUGCCUCUUCAAUUCUUUUCUAAUAUAAAAAGCCCACGCCCUGCCAAAGCCGAUUCACAAACCCCAAUCGACUCUGCAAAUCUCUCGCGGCAAAGAAAUACACACACCGAAGAGAGAAAUCAAUCAACGGAGAGAAUCAUCAAUCGCCACAAUGUCGACGGAGGCGGCCGCCGCGGCGGAGAAGAAGGUCAUCACCCUGAAGAGCAGCGACGGCGAGUCGUUCGAAGUGGAGGAGGCGGUGGCGAUGAUGUCCCAGACGAUCAAGCACAUGAUCGAGGACGACUGCGCCGACAACGCCAUCCCUCUCCCCAACGUCACCGGCGGGAUCCUGGCCAAGGUGAUCGAGUACUGCAAGAAGCACCACGACGCUCCCAAACCCGACGGAUACGGCGCCUCGGCGGCGGCGGGCGACGGGCUGAAGAGCUGGGACGAGGAUUUCGUGAAGGUCGAUCAGAACACCCUGUUCGACCUAAUUCUGGCUGCUAACUACCUGAAUAUUAAGGAGCUGCUGGAUCUGACCUGCCAGACUGUGGCGAACAUGAUGAAAGGGAAGACGCCGGAGGAGAUCAGGGCGAUUUUCAACAUCAAGAAUGACUAUACGCCGGAGGAGGAAGAGGAGGUGCGCAGGGAGAACCAGUGGGCGUUUGAGUGAAAGCUUCCUAUUUUGUGGUAGUGGUGAUAGUAUAAUAGCAGUAUUAUUAGUAUGUUUUUGGUUUGGAGAAUUCUAGGUUAACUUUUGAGGUUUGUGUGUUGAAUUAGAAUUUUGAUUUGGUGAAUGGUUUUUGUGCAAUGAUUAGUAAUAUGUGGUAUGGCAAUUUGUUCAAUGUUUUGGUGUGGAUGAUAAUAUUCGAGUAUGUAGGACUUU